AUGUCAGGUUUUGAAAUCUUCAGCCUGAUUGCGGCUAUUAUUGGCGUAACCGAAACGAUCAUCAGGGCCUGUGAUGCGAUCAAGGACCUAAAGGGCCUGCCCCUAGCAUUUCAGGAAGUAAAGAAAAAGCUUCCACUGGUCGAAAAGACCCUUCAAGCUGCGAAGACUCACGCGGAGAACGCGCCUGACGACGAAUCCCAAGCGCUGGAGACUCUCCUGAAGAGCUGCAAGGAGAACACCAAGCAGUUGGAGGAUAUCUUCAAGAAACUUGCCACGUCGAAAGGGAAGUCAAUCAUUUCUGUGUAUCGAAGUCUUGUCAUCAAAAUAGGCAAGAAGGGUCGGGUCGAGACGUUGAUGAGAGGCAUAUUAGAGGACACAUACACCCUGACAACAUACCGUGUGUUUCAGGCGGCGACUCAGAGCCAGGUGGAGGAGUUGAAAAUGGCCAUGCAGGAGCUGGAGCAAGUAGAACCAUCCAUACCCGAUUCGGAUUUUGAAGAGAUGGCCGGUAGCGUCAGCCAUUAUGGGGAGGGACAUAUAUACAGCAACACCGGAUCAGGCACACAGAAGAAUGUUUCCCGCGACAACUAUGAAGCAGCGAGAGAUAUGCAUUUUGGUGGGCCCCCCAAAUCUGGAUCUAAGGAAGAAGGAGACUAG